AUGACGCUACACGAAAACCUACUGUGGUUCACGAACAUCCAGCAGGUGGAGCGCGAGAUAUCGCUUCGCACCGAAUGCGGUCUCUACUAUUCGUACUAUAAGCAGCUGGUCAACGCGCCUUCGCUGAGGAAAGGUGAGGAUGAGGCGCCAGGCGCCGUCGUGCUGUUGUUUGCCGUCUUGUAUCUCGCCAUCCGGCCAGACCAGCAAAGGCUUGAACCGAUCCUGUUCUAUGUCUAUAGUGUCUUCUCGCUAAACGGUUCCGGCCUUGUGGCACUGUGCGUUUUGGCAUGGCUUUUUUCCGGCUCUUGGUUGGCUUCAAUAAUUUGCGCCUGUUUCUACAUCGUUAACUUGGAAGACGUGACCAGGGUGAACUUUUCGGUGAAUAUCAGGGAACAUUUCGCACUGCCGGUGUUUUGGUGGCAGAAUGUGUACCUGGCCAUGUAUCUGAGCAGCGGCGGCCGGCGAGGUAGUAGGCAUCAUGACAGUGUCCUGUGGAAGUGUGCAAUUCUGGUUACGACCUUAAUGUUCUGCCUCGCAUGGCAGUUCAACCAGUUUGUAGUGCUCAUGCAGGCGGCCGCUUUGUACGUCAUGGCCCUGCUGCGUUUGGUCGAGCUGCGCAAGAUUAUGUGGCUGUACACUAUCGACAUUGUCGCCCUGGCAGUGGUGUACGUCGCCCAGUUCGGCCAGAAGAUGUUGCUCGGUUCACUGGUGCUCAGCUUCCUGCCAUCGGCCAUGCUGGUACUGUUCCUCUUCCGUCACUGGACCAACUCUGGCGGCAUCAUCAACGGCUGUCUGCAGUGGAUGAUCCAAGUGGUAUUCACGCUCCUGUUCACCAUAGUAGUGAACGUGGCUGUAAAAUGGUCGCUACAUCUGGAAGCUGAUCAACAUAUAUACAAGUUUCUGAAGGCAAAAUUCGGGUUUGCUGAUCCACGUGAUUUCGAAUCCCGACUUUAUCUGUGCCACGGGUCGUUCGUGUUCCUGGACAAUCAGUAUUUUAGCCGCACAUCAAACAGCCUGGUGUUUCCCCUUUACAUGAUCAUGCUGUGUGGCACGUUCUUUGUCAUCGGCAAAGAUUUGCUUCUGCAGUGGUGUUCGUUGUUCAUGCCGGUUGCUGGCGGCGACAAAGCGAUAGAAAAGAUGCCGUUCAAUGAAAGGUCCUACUUUUUCCGCCGACCGGAAAUCGCUUUCUUUUGUUUCCAGUCAGCGGUCAGCGCUCUGAUGGCGAUGAUGGUUUUGCGCAUGAAGUAUUUGUGGACUCCUCAGAUCUGCGUGUUGGCGGCAGUUCUUCUGGGCAGUUCUGAGAUAUGGUACAACCUGUUCAGCAUAGUCAAGUUUAAAAAGAUGUACAUUGUCGACGGCGUCAAGAUCGGCAUACUUCUGUCUGUGCUUUUGUACAAUGUCGUCAAAGAGUCGAUGAAUGACCUGCGCGAGUUUUAUGAUCCGGACACCGUGGCGCUCAUGUACUGGAUUGGCAACGUGACAGCGCCAUACGCGUCCUUUGCUGGAAGUAUGCAGUUGCUAGCCGGCGUAAAAUGCUGCACUGGACGACGGUUGCUCAAUCAUCCUCACUUCGAAGACAAGGUGCUUCGCGACCGAACGAAACAGAUUUAUCAGAUUUACGCCAGACGCUCCGCGAAAGAAGUUUAUGACAUUCUGAAGGCUCUAGACACGAACUACAUCAUUCUGGAAGACAGCAUCUGCCUGGCACGUUCCGACGGCUGCUCGGUGCCGGACCUGAUAGACUUGGACAACGGUCAUAUUCCUCGUAACGGUUACAAUUUACCUGGACUGACCAAGGUAGAUACACCUCGGUUUUGCGAUCAAAUACGGCACAUGACUAUCGACUUUUCGCGUUACUUUCGCCUUAUGUUUUCGAACCGAACAUUCCGCGUCUACCAGUUGCUGGCAUGA